AUGGCUGAGGCUCUCACCCAGUGGGGACAGCUGAACCCUCCUCAGGGAGAUGUGUCUGAGAAGCAUAGGAACCUGGUCUUGCUGGGGCUUCCAAUUUCCAAGCCUGAUGUAAUCUCUCAGUUGGAACAAGAGGAAGAUCUGGAGAGAGAAGUCCCAGAAGCAACCAGCCCAGACUGGGAGACAAGGCCAGAAAGCAAGGAGCUGACUCCAGAUCAUGACGUUUUUGAAGAGGAAUCAACCCCUGGUGUGUUAACAGAAAGAUUCCCAAAGGAAGGUUCCAGUGAAUGUGAAGAUUCUUUAGACAGUCAGGAAAACCAUGAGGAACAUUUAAUAAAAGAGGUUGUCACUCAGAAGAAAUCUGUUGAAAGAAGUUACCAGUGUGGUGAAUUUGGAAGAAAUUUUAGUCGAAGGUCUUUACUUGCUCAACAACAAGGAGAGAGACUACAUAAUUGUGAGUCACUUGAGAAGAACUUAAAACAAAAUUCAGAUUUAAUUAAGCAUGAGAGAAUUUAUGCUGGAAAGAAACCUUGGAAGUGUAAUGAGUGUGAGAAAGCCUUCAGUUACUACUCAGCUUUUGUCUUGCAUCAGAGAAUUCACACAGGAGAGAAACCUUAUGAAUGUAACGAAUGUGGUAAAGCCUUUAGCCAGAGCAUACACCUUACACUGCACCAGCGAAUUCACACUGGAGAGAAACCCUAUGAAUGUCAUGAGUGUGGGAAAGCCUUUAGUCACCGCUCAGCCCUUAUUCGGCAUCAUAUAAUUCAUACUGGAGAGAAGCCUUAUGAAUGUAAUGAAUGUGGGAAGGCAUUUAAUCAGAGUUCAUACCUCACUCAACAUCAGCGAAUUCAUACUGGAGAGAAACCUUAUGAAUGUAACGAAUGUGGGAAGGCCUUCAGCCAAAGCACCUUCCUUACCCAGCAUCAGGUCAUUCACACUGGAGAGAAACCUUAUAAAUGUAAUGAAUGUGGGAAAGCCUUCAGUGACCGUUCAGGCCUUAUUCAGCAUCAGAGAACGCACACUGGAGAGAGGCCUUAUGAAUGUAAUGAAUGUGGGAAAGCCUUUGGUUACUGUUCAGCCUUGACUCAGCACCAGAGAACUCACACUGGGGAGAAACCCUAUAAAUGCAAUGAUUGUGCCAAAGCUUUCAGUGACCGUUCAGCCCUUAUCCGUCAUCAGAGAACACACACUGGAGAGAAACCUUACAAGUGUAAGGACUGUGAGAAAGCUUUCAGCCAGAGUUCAUCUCUUACCAAACACCAGAAAACUCACACUGGAGAAAAACCCUACAAAUGUAAGGAAUGUGGGAAAGCCUUCAGCCAGAGUUCAUCCCUUUCUCAACAUCGGAAAACUCAUGCUGAAGGGAAAACUAAAGGAUAUGGGAAUGCCUUUAGUGAACACUUAGCCUUUGGCCAACAAACGAGAAUUCAUACUGGAUAA